AUGAACUCGGUGCACAAGAUUAAGAACUUCAUAGUGAUUUUGCACAAUGUUAAGCCGGUCAUCAGUGAAGCUUUGGGUGGAACCAUUAGAGCCAUCAAUGGUGCGCUUGAAUGCGAUGAUGGAGAUCCUGCUACAGUUCAGAGUCGUGUUGAGUAUUACACAGGAUAUUGUAACCAACUUGGUGUGGAGCCGGUUUGGUUUAGUGGUCCGUUUGGCUACAAGAUCGAUAGAUGUUCAGUGACAAAUAUCAAUGCUUGGUUGAUGGAAAUGCUAAAAGUGAAUUAUGCAACAAAAGAGGAUAGGAAGAGAUCUAUAACAUUAAUGGCUUUCACGUGUUGGCAUAUAUGGAAAGCUCAGUGUAAAGCUGUUUUUAAUCAUCAAAAUCCAUCUCCUCCUCAAACCAUUCAUGUUAUCACUUGUGCCAGUACGACUUUCCGAAAGGCAAAGGAAUUGAUAAGUGUCCAGCCAUCUCCGAGUAUGGAAAAUCAAAGGAGAAUGAUACCCUGGUCUCCUCCCCCUUCACAAAUGAUAAAAGUGAAUGUUGAUGCAAGUUGGAAACUCAAGAGUAAUGAAGGAUAUUUGGGCAUUGUGAUUAGAGACUCACAAGGAAGAUGCAAGAGCAUGGAAAGGAAGAAAGUCCAUGCUUCGAAUGCUUUGAUGGCAGAGGCUAAGGCCGUGCUUCAAGGUUGUCUAAGUGCAAGGCAAAGGAAUUACCCCUGCAUAAUUGUGGAGUUUGAUUCAAGGCAGGUAAUUUCGGCUCUUAAUGAAGGAAAGGAAAAUUGUAGCUGGGAAAAUUUUCCCAAUGACAUGCGUAUUGUAGAUGUUGAGAAAUCUUUCCAGAUUUGUAAAUGGUCUUGGGUGCCAAGAUCAGCGAAUGAAGCAUCAAAUUUCAUCGCAACCUAUGUGGGUACAGAGAUGAGCGAGGAAUGUAGGAUGGACAGACCACCAUCUUCGUUGGUUAGAAUCUUAAACAAGGAUGGAUCGCCAUGUCCUCCUUCUUAA